AUGGCGAGGACGAUGCAAACAUCGAGAAAAAGCGCACUGAGGACGAAGAGCCCUGCUCUUUCCUCCAGUCAUGCCGAAAAGAACAGAGUAGAAGAGACUCCACCUGCAUCCAAAGAGCCUCGAAACGGAAUCAACAAGGCCAAGCGAGUGAAAACCAAACCCCCACCCAAGCGCGCGAUGUAUCGGCUGCGUUCACAGCUCAACAAGAAGGUAGACAGUCAAGAUCAGGAAAAGCUAGCUCAGGAGCAGUCGCGGCUCCUCCGUCGAGCAUCUAUCGCUUUGGCCGAGGAGGGACUCGAACUUCCCGGGAUUCUAGAAAUCGCAGCAAGCAAGCUUCCCGACACAAAAUCGAGCCCACACAGCGACAAGGAGGGCCGGCGGAGUAAUGUUAGGCCAACGAAGCGUUACAUGGACGAAUCAGAAUUUCUCGAACCUCAAGAGACAGACGAAAUGGGAUUGUUAUCCCGGUACAUUCCCCAUAUCGGCAUGCGACGCCGGGUUGGCAGGAAGCCCCCCAAUAUCCCCUUCGGUCUCUGGAUGGCUUACAAACACAUGGACGACUUUGUGUAUCGACAGUCUCUGUCGGAAAAGGAAGCCUUUUCUCUUCCUUCCGAUGAGGAUGCAUUCGCCUUUCAGAGCCACGACGGCGCCAAGCCGAGCCUUCCACCUGGUUUCUUCUGGGAUGACAACAGGAGGCUUGUUGACGGGCGGCCUCCAGAGCAGCAUGAUGACUGA